CGACACGUCCUCGGGGCACUGCCCCCUCCGGCGCGCGCCCGCCCAGCCCCGUCUGCGUUCCCAGCCCCUUGCAGGGCUCGAUGCGCCCGGUUUCCAGGGCAGCGCACGCCCCCUCCGCGACCCGGGACCCCGGGCCGCGCGCACCCCGCGCCCCGUCCCCGCCCGCCGGGCGCGCGCGCUGGCUCCCGCUCCCGUUCCAGCUGGCAGCGGCGGCGGCGACGGGGAUUGUUUUUGUUGUCGCUGAGGCCGGAAGAGCCGCGGGAGUCGGGUCCCUGUCCCCGGGCUAGGCGCCGCCGCCGCCCCCUGCCCAGCGCCCGCGUCUCCGCGGCGCUCCCCUCCAGCGCCAAUAUUCCGGAGAUCAAGCGUUACGCAGCGGCGGCGGCGGCGGGGCCCGGAGCGGGAGGCGCCGGGGACCGGGGCGAGGCGGCCCCCGCCGCCGCCAUGGAGGCGCUGGGACCAGGGCCUCCGACCAGCCUGUUCCAGCCACCCCGCCGUCCUGGCCUUGGAACUGUUGGGAAACCCAUUCGACUGUUAGCCAAUCAUUUUCAGGUUCAGAUUCCCAAAAUAGAUGUGUAUCACUAUGAUGUGGACAUUAAACCGGAAAAACGGCCUCGUAGAGUUAACAGGGAGGUAGUAGAUACAAUGGUGCGGCACUUCAAGAUGCAAAUAUUUGGUGAUCGACAGCCUGGCUAUGAUGGCAAAAGAAACAUGUACACCGCCCAUCCAUUGCCAAUUGGACGGGAUAGGGUUGAUAUGGAAGUGACCCUUCCGGGCGAGGGGAAAGACCAGACCUUUAAAGUGUCUGUUCAAUGGGUGUCAGUUGUGAGCCUUCAGUUGCUUUUAGAAGCUUUAGCUGGACAUUUAAAUGAAGUCCCAGAUGACUCAGUACAAGCACUUGAUGUUAUCACAAGACACCUUCCCUCCAUGAGGUACACACCGGUGGGCCGUUCCUUUUUCUCACCUCCAGAAGGUUACUACCACCCUCUGGGAGGGGGCAGGGAGGUUUGGUUUGGCUUUCAUCAGUCUGUGAGACCUGCCAUGUGGAAUAUGAUGCUCAAUAUUGAUGUAUCUGCAACUGCCUUCUACCGGGCUCAGCCUAUCAUUGAGUUCAUGUGUGAGGUUUUAGACAUUCAGAACAUCAAUGAACAGACCAAACCUCUAACAGACUCCCAGCGUGUCAAGUUUACCAAAGAAAUCAGAGGUCUUAAAGUUGAGGUGACUCACUGUGGACAGAUGAAGCGAAAAUACCGAGUUUGCAAUGUGACUAGACGGCCAGCCAGUCAUCAAACUUUUCCUUUACAGCUAGAAAAUGGUCAAGCUAUGGAAUGUACUGUAGCUCAAUAUUUUAAGCAAAAGUACAGUCUGCAGCUGAAAUACCCCCAUCUUCCAUGUCUCCAAGUAGGACAGGAACAAAAGCAUACGUACUUGCCACUUGAGGUCUGUAAUAUAGUGGCAGGACAGCGAUGUAUAAAGAAACUCACAGACAAUCAGACGUCCACGAUGAUCAAAGCCACGGCAAGAUCUGCUCCCGACAGACAGGAAGAAAUCAGUAGACUGGUGAAGAGUAACAGCAUGGUGGGUGGACCUGACCCAUACCUUAAAGAAUUUGGUAUUGUUGUCCACAAUGAAAUGACAGAGCUCACAGGCAGGGUACUUCCAGCACCAAUGCUACAGUAUGGAGGCCGGAAUAAAACGGUAGCCACACCCAACCAGGGUGUCUGGGACAUGCGAGGAAAGCAGUUUUAUGCUGGCAUUGAAAUUAAAGUUUGGGCAGUUGCUUGUUUUGCGCCUCAGAAACAAUGUAGGGAAGAUUUACUAAAGAGUUUCACUGACCAGCUCCGUAAAAUCUCUAAGGAUGCAGGAAUGCCCAUCCAGGGCCAGCCAUGUUUCUGCAAAUACGCACAAGGUGCAGACAGCGUGGAGCCCAUGUUUAAACAUCUGAAAAUGACAUAUGUGGGCCUUCAGCUAAUAGUGGUGAUCUUGCCCGGGAAGACGCCAGUAUAUGCGGAGGUGAAACGUGUUGGGGAUACCCUCCUGGGUAUGGCCACGCAAUGUGUCCAGGUAAAAAAUGUAGUGAAGACCUCACCCCAGACUCUUUCCAACCUUUGCCUGAAGAUAAAUGCAAAGCUUGGAGGAAUUAACAACGUGCUUGUACCUCAUCAAAGGCCAUCGGUGUUCCAGCAGCCCGUCAUCUUCCUAGGAGCAGAUGUCACGCACCCCCCUGCAGGGGAUGGGAAGAAGCCUUCCAUUGCUGCUGUUGUUGGCAGCAUGGACGGCCACCCCAGCCGGUACUGUGCAACUGUUCGGGUGCAGACUUCCCGCCAGGAGAUCUCCCAGGAACUCCUGUAUAGUCAGGAAGUAAUCCAGGACCUUACUAACAUGGUUCGGGAGCUGCUGAUCCAGUUCUACAAAUCCACACGCUUCAAACCCACACGGAUCAUCUAUUACCGUGGAGGGGUGUCCGAGGGACAGAUGAAACAGGUAGCUUGGCCAGAACUAAUAGCAAUUCGAAAGGCAUGUAUUAGCUUGGAGGAAGAUUACCGGCCAGGAAUAACCUACAUUGUGGUGCAGAAAAGACAUCACACACGACUCUUCUGUGCAGAUAAAACAGAAAGGGUGGGUAAAAGUGGCAAUGUACCAGCAGGCACCACCGUGGAUAGCACCAUCACACAUCCAUCUGAGUUUGACUUUUACCUCUGUAGUCAUGCAGGAAUUCAGGGAACCAGUCGUCCUUCACAUUACCAGGUCUUGUGGGAUGACAACUGCUUCACCGCAGAUGAGCUCCAGCUACUGACUUACCAGCUAUGUCACACCUAUGUGCGGUGUACACGCUCAGUCUCUAUUCCAGCCCCUGCAUAUUAUGCCCGGCUUGUAGCAUUCAGAGCAAGGUAUCACCUGGUGGAUAAAGAUCAUGACAGUGCAGAAGGCAGUCAUGUGUCAGGACAGAGCAAUGGCCGAGAUCCUCAGGCCUUGGCUAAAGCGGUGCAGAUCCACCAUGAUACCCAGCACACAAUGUAUUUUGCCUGAGAGUCUCAGAAGAACUCCACCAAUGUGGCACCCCAUGCAACCUCAAAAUGUUUCAAAUGCCUACCGCCUCUAGAGAGAGCCAAGUUGACUUCAGUUUAUCUUCUACCAGCAGCUCGGAAUAGUUGCACUGAAUUAAUACUUUGCAGCGCUGUCUGAUGCAUCAACAAAAUUGAGCCAUUUUUUAAAAGUAGUAGAUAUUCAUAGAUUGUCUUUUCUGAUGCACUGGACUGAAUUUUUACCUCAACAUGCAAAGGCUAAACAGCCUGAACUUUCUAAAGGACUUUACAAGAAAGGUUUCUAUGGAAUAUUUUGCUAGCUGUGGUGUUCACUGCAUCCCUCUAGUCUUAUAAGAGAAGAUUGUUCCUUUUUUCUGUAUUCAUCGAGUGGGAUGUAUGUAUCAGUGGAAGAGAAAAACCAAACAAUCUACUUCAGUUUAGUGUAACUAUUUAAUUAUGUGGGUCCAUAGACUUUUUAAUGGAGAUUUCUGACUUUGCCACUGUAUAUGCCUUUAACGAGCAUUAAUUUUUUGAAAGUUUUACAGAGUUUUAUUAGUUUUACUACUUUAUCUUAUGAUCCCUACAGUCUUGUGCUGAUGCAAGUACAGGCUGCCAGGCAAUUGCACUAUAUUUGGCUCCAGAUUCAAACAGGCAGUUCUCUUAUUUGGCCGACUCUUAUGAAUGUGUAACACAAACAGAUGUAAUGCAUGUCGCAGUGACAGAUAACCCUGCCGUGGUAAAAAGUUCUCAUGUUUUCCCCCUCUUUGAAAACAAUUAGCUCUUAGUAUUUUUCAGAGUUUUCAAAAGUGCCCAUUUUAUGCUGCUGUGUGGUUUAUCAGAUCUAAGGGAUUUUUAAACUUUUCUCAUAGAAAGUUAACUUUGGCAAUAAACAUUUUUUAAGGUCCCUUCACUCCGUUUCCCCCGCCCCCGACAAUGAGUUUUCUAGAUGAAAUUUUGGUAUGAUUUUAUCAGCUAUUUCUUAUAAAUCAUAAUCUGGCAAUUCCUGAAAUCAGUCAGAAAAGACAUAUAUUUCCAUGCCUUUUUAAAGAAUUGUUUUUUAUCUGUUUUAUAGUCACUGUUGGUGUCCUGUCACUUUGUUUUAAAAUAAGCUAGAACCAGGAUGCUUCCUUACUGGAUAGGCGUUGCCAGUCCUUAAGGUACAUUGAGUGAUGCUGCAACUUGCAAAAAUGUACCAGCAUUUAAAACCUUUUCCUGGGAAUCAAGGUUACACAACUACUUACUCGCAGUGCAGAUGCUGUGCUUCUCUUUCAACCUGAAAUGUACUUGGUGAGGUUUUCUUCCUUUUAGUAAAGUAGAACUUCAUAGAAAGGUUGAUUUUUUUCUUUUCUGAAUAGAUUCUGGAUUCUGUUCACAGGGAGCCAGGAUUCAUUUCUUGUCCGUCUGGAGGUGAUAUAAAGCAAACAUUAGUUACAAUGUAGGGAAAAACUAUUUUGUAUUUAGUAUAGAUAAUACUUUGUGAAUGGACAACAGUUACAUAGAGUCUUGCUGGUUCCAGCCAGUGUUGCCCAGCCCAGAUUUCACUGACUUGUAGUUCUCGCUCCUGGAACCUCAGGAGUAAGAGCUGGAAAAGGUGGGUAAGAGACCCAGAGCCACACUCCACAUGGAUGAGGAAGGUCCUGGAGAAGACAUAGACACAAUGUGGUGAACCGAAUUUGCCGCCUCUGUCUGGAAUCACGGGAUCUGAUGGUGAAGGGUGUUUGCUUGAAGUCAUUAGCCGGUCCAAAUCUUUUAAACUAGCCUUCUCAAAAUCCCAGCAAUAUCAAGCCCUGUUUUUCUUCAGUCUUUUAAACAAGCUUGUAAAUACAUUGAAGUUUACAUUUCUAUAUGCUGUGGAUCAGCGGCGCCACCAGUGUUCGCUGGGACUGGUCUCUGAGAGUUUUGGUAUGAUGCAUAUCAAGUUCUGUAGCUCAUUAAGAUGGGUGCAGACAUCCUUAUUCUCUGCAUACAGUGAGAUGAAAGAAAGCAAGCUCUGUAAUUGAGGCACAACAUAGUGAAGAGAUGGCAGAUGUUAAUUUCUUAAGAUUUUCCUUUUUUUCAAAUACCUCACUUGGAUACUACAAAUCAGGACAUGCUGGUGAGGGGCUGGCUACUGCUUUUAUUCACACCUGUUCAGGGAGAGCACAGAAAAUACCCUUCAGCAUGGCCACCCUGGACCCAUGAGGAGGAAAAACAAGCUUUUUUAGGAGGAGGACUCACUGGAGUCCAGGAUGUGAAGAACUCUUGGUGGCUGGCUGGCUGGCUGGCUGGCCGGCUGGCUGGCCAGCGGGCACCACACCUGCACUUGAGUGCCUCGGGCUUGCUUGUUCAUAACGCACAGAAGAAGCUUCACUUCUCACCAUCUCCUGGCAUGAAUGGAGCAGGGAGCAAGGCAGAGUGCCUGGAAGCCCUGAUUCACUUGCCUGCAGUUGGGCUGUAUGCUCAACCUUGAACUCUACAGUUUGUAUGACCUCAGUCAUUCCUAGUACACUGGGGCAAAUGACUGUGGUGGUGGAGGAAAAGCCGGGAGGCCUAUUUUUAUAGGAAAACAGUACCUUUAAGGGUGCAACACUGUUGUUUUGGAGGAAAGGAAAGAAAUAUGGAAGAACUAGGAUUAUUGGGGGGGAAAAACUUGCUGAGGGGUGAAUCUUUAAAAAGUAAUCACUGCAGAAUCAGAGUUGCAGCAGUAUUAUUGCAAGCAAGUCUGAAUUCAUAAUUUUAAUUGGGCCUGACAAUUUGAAUUUGUAACCCUCUGGACUGACUGAAUUGUUAUGCAUGUGUCAAUCAAUGGGAGGUGUGCAUUCACUAGAAGUAGGUUUAGGAUGCUUGGUUUUUUAAAAUGCAGCCUGUUUAGGCACUUGUCAUGUAGUGUGAAAGAUUUAAAUGUAGCAAUGCUAAAGAGUAACUAUGUAGGGACAAGGUGCGGGGACAUUAAGAGAGCGGUGAAGAUCCAAAUGUUGAACCAGUUAUGUUUUCCUGUUAGCUGUUGAACCCUGAGCAAUUUAUAAACAGAACCAGCUGGCUUAACACGGCUAGUUGAGGCAGGCAGAACAUAUUCAUUCUUACUGUAAAUUCUAUUUGCUGCUUCCAAAGGUGAUGAUUUACAAGCAGACAUAUUCUGUACGGUCUGUAUUUUAGAACCUGGUGCCCAGCCUAUAUCAGAGCUUAGCUACCUGGCUCAACUACCUACCCUUCUGGUGGGAAUCGGUAACCUGUUGUUGAACGAGGCUCACCCUCUCCACCCUGCCCUAGCGACCCUUUGUUGGAUGUGCUGUAAGAUUUUCUUGCUCAAUAGCAAGGAGGUAACUCUGCUUUCAUUUUAAGAAAGUGGAGGCUGAGGGCAUUGUAUCAAUACGGCUUCAACUCCAAGGAUUUUUCCUUGUAAAAUUAAAGGGAAGAUCUUGUUAUUGAUUAAUCAUUUUCUUAUCCCUUGCUAUUGACAUAUUCAUGCUCUUUCUAUGUCUAGUGACUGAAAAUGUUUGCAUUUGUUCAUUUGACUAAUGGUGUAAUUUUUGUUUCUAUAUUGUUAGACCUGUAAUGUUUUAAAAUGUAUUUUAUUGAAUUUGGACUGGAUGUAUAUCUCUAGCAAUACGAGGUACUUUCUAAACUAAGGGAGGGUGGUAUCCCCAUGUUGAGAUAAGAUGAUGGUUGUUUAAAUUUCGUGAUUUUUUUUUUGGCCUGCAGGGAUAUUUUGUGUUCAUGUGUCCAAAAAAGAAUAAAUUGGCAUUCACGUGCCAAAAGUUGU